AGUUAAACAGUUUUGAGGAGAAUUCUGUGAUACAACCAAGAAUGGAACAUUAUCUUUUGACUGUUUUUACAUCUUGAAGAAAGAAUCACCAUGGGGGGUCAGUGUUCUGCCCUCCAGGGGGGUAAGAAGAAGGAAGACCAUGAAAUGUACCAAAAGGCAGAAGAUUUUUCCAUCACAGACAAAGGUGGAGAGAAGUCCGAUCUGCUCCAAAGACGGAUUCUGCAAGAACAGGUGGGAGAGAUCAAUGCAAAAUCAGUCGAAGAGACUUCCUGCAGGAAAGCAGAAAAAGAUGAAAGUGACAAUAACAGAGGUUUGGUUCAUGAGCACAGGACACCUGAAGUUAAUAAUCUAGGCAGCCUUUUCUUAUCUGAUGCUGAGUCUGCAAAAGCAGAUAGUAAAGAAGCUGACUGGGUGGACAGAAACAGGGCUGACCUCAUUCAGAACAUUACUUUAGUGAUGCCAAUAGCGGAUCUGAUGCUUCAGAGAGGCAUAAUGCAUAAAGAGAUGUACAACCAAAUCAAGAGUAAAGGUGUGGAGCAGGAUCAGAUGAGGGAAAUCUACAGAGCUCUGACAUGUACACAAACUAAAUCUGCCUUCUACAAGAUCCUCCAAGAAAUUCAUCCUGAGAUAAGUCCCACUGAAGAUUUCUUCAAAGAGAUCAUCAAAAGGAACAAAGAAUAUUUGAGGGAAAAGUGUUCGUGGCAGCUUGAAGGCACCGGAAAAUCUCGUGAGGAUGAAAAACCACUGGACAAGAUUUACACAGAGCUUCACAUUGUUCAAGGAGAGAAUGAAGAUAUCAAUAAACAACAUGAGAUUUGGGAAAUUGAAGAUAAAUCAAGGAACCAAACAGCAGAGGGGAUUAAAAUCAACUGCAAUAAUAUCUUUAACACCACUCCAGAAAACACAGCAUCAUUUAAGCGAGAUGAAAGAAGAGUGAAAACCAUCAGGACUGUGAUGACCAAGGGAAUAGCUGGAAUUGGAAAAACUGUCUCUGUGAAGAAGUUCAUUCUUGACUGGGCUGACGGUCGUGCCAAUCAGGACUUGGACUUCAUUUUCAUGUUUCCAUUCAGGGAGCUGAAUCUGGUCAUAGAUGAUGAGUUCAGCCUUGAGGAACUAGUGAGGGAAUUCCAUCCACAGCUUAGUGACAAAGCACCAGCAAUAAUAUUUUCAGAAAUAAAGACAUACAAAGUCUUGUUCAUUUUUGAUGGUCUCGAUGAAAGUCAGCUGAAACUGAAAUUCAAAGACACCAAAAGACUCUCAGAGCCCUCAAAGAAAUCCUCAGUGGACACGCUGGUGACCAACCUUAUCCGAGAGCAUCUUCUUCCUUCUGCACUUGUGUGGAUAACAUCAAGACCAGGAGCAGUUCAACGUAUCCCUCAAGAAUAUGUUUACCUUUGGACGGAGGUCAGAGGUUUUAAUGAUCCACAAAAGAAGAUCUACUUCAGGAACAGAGUUGAGGACAAGGAGGUCGCUGAAAGAAUCAUCAACCUCAUCACCAUGUCACGAAGCUUAUACAUCAUGUGUCACAUCCCCAUCUUCUGCUGGAUUGCCUCAAAAGUUCUUGAGUAUUUGCUUUUAAAAUCAGGCAACACUCAAGAUGAAACCAUAAAGACACCGACAACUCUCACUGAGAUGUACUCGCACUUCUUUCUCAUCCAGAUGACGGUUGCUACUGACAAAUACGACGAGGAGGAGAAGACUGAAGCAGAGGAGAUCUUCAAGUCAAAUGAGGAGUUCAUCUCCAGAUUAGGCAGGUUGGCAUUUGAAAAGUUGGAAAAAGGUGAAAUCAUCUUCAGUGGGGAAGAUCUGAAAAAGUACGGCAUUGACAUGGACAAAGCUGGAGUCUACUGUGGAUUCUGUACAGCGAUAUUCAAAGUGGAGAGUGUGUUCAAUACCAAGAAACUCUACUGCUUUGUGCAUUUGACAGUCCAGGAGUAUUUUGCAGCUCUCUUUGUGUACCGAAGUUUCGCAAGAAAAUCCAUUGAGUCUCCAAUCCUCAAGAAUUUCUUGCUGGUAGGAUCUGAUGAGGAUCUUGAGUCUGUCCUGGAUGCAGAUCCAGUUGAUCUACCCCUAGAUGAGUUGAUGGAAAUUGCAAUAGCUAAUUCAGCUCCAAGAGAAACGGGAGAACUGGACAUGUUCCUCAGGUUCCUAAUUGGUUUGUCCUUACAGUCAACACAAAAACUGCUUUACGGCCUGAUUCAGCAGACAGAGGAACACUCUGAAGUUGUUGAAGAGAUUGUGAAGAGUCUAAAAGAAAUAGAUCUAGAUGACUGCUCACCUGAAAGAUGCCUGAACCUUGUCCACUGCCUGGUUGAGCUGAAGGACACUGCCAUACAUGAUGCUGUCCAGCGGUAUCUUGCACCAAAUCAGAGUCCAGAAACACAACUCUCCCCUGUUCAGUGUUCAGCUUUGGCAGAUUCCAUUCUCAUGUCACCUACACCUCUGGAUGAAUUCAACCUGAUGAAAUUCAGGCCAACAACAAAAGGUAUUUUAAGGCUUCUCCCAGCUGUGAGGAACAGCAGGAAAGUAAUAAUCUCAGGUGUGUAUCUCAGUUCUCGGGAGUGUGAAGCAAUCUCUUCAGCUCUGCAGAUGCCAAACUCUGUGCUGACUGAGCUGCAUCUGGUAAACAAUAACAACUAUUCUGAUGACCACAUUCACAUCUUGGUUAACGGACUAAUAAAUCCACUGUGUCAACUGGAAGCUCUCAGUCUCUCAGGUAACAGGAUAUCACAUCUGCUAAAUCAACUGGCAGUUAAAUCGGUCUUCUCAAAUCUAAGAGAGUUGGAGCUGAGUGACGUGUGGACAACUUCAUUGAUCUCAGUGACCGCUGCUGGGCUGAACAACCCAAAACUGGAGAAACUCAGGCUGAACCGAAACAUUGGAAUCUCUGAUAUCUGCAAGGAGCUCGCAACAGCAUUCACAUCCAAACCAUCCAACCUGCGAGAAUUGGAACUGAGUUACAGCAACUUUACAGAUUCAGAGAUGGAAGUCCUCUCAAGAGCACUGACGAGUGCAAACUGUAAACUGGAGACACUGAGUCUCAGUCACAACAAAUUGACUGUUGAAGGCUGUAAGAUGUUGGGCUCAGAACUCAGCUCCAGACCUUCCCGUCUAAGAGAGUUGGACCUGAGCUACAACGACCUGCACAGCUCAGGACUGAUGGAGCUCUGUAAUCCACUGAUGAGCCAACACUGCAGCUUGAAAACUCUGAGGUUGUGUUUCUGUAAAGUGACAGGAGAUGAAUGUUCCUCUGUGGCGUCGGCUCUGAGGUCUGACCACUGCAAGCUCAGAGAGCUGGACCUGAGCUUCAAUUACCUCACUGAUCAACAAAUCAAACUGCUGACUGAAAUACAGGAGGAUUCACGCUGCAGUCUGGAGAACCUCAAUGUGGACCAUAAUGAAGAAUGCUGGGUCAAUCUGAAGCUACUCAGACAAUACGCCUGUGAUCUGACGCUGGAUCCCAACACAGCUGGAAAGAUGAUCCUUUUGACUGAGGAGAACAAAAUGGCAACAUUUGACACAGAGAUGCAACAAUAUCCUGAUCAUCCAGAUAGAUUUGCUAUACCUCAAGUGCUCUGUGAGGAGGCUCUGACUGGUCGUCAUUACUGGGAGGUUGAGUUUGAUUCAAAAUCAGGUGAAGUUGGAGUUGCAUACAAAAGUAUUGUGAGGAAUGGGGACUGUUCAGUUGACUUCUCUUUGGGAAAAAAUGAAAAGUCUUGGAGCUGGGAAAUUGAAGGAAGUUUUCAUCACAACGAUUCACCUGAAAAAUUUUUGGUGUCAAAAACAAGCAACGUAGGAGUGUAUCUGGACUGGCCAGCAGGAAUGUUAUCCUUCUUUGAAGUCUUUCCUGAAACACUGACACAUCUGUACACUGCACGCACAACCUUCACUCAACCACUCUAUCCUGGUUUUGGACUUGAAAGUGGAUCUGUGAACCUCAGGAAAAUACAUAUGGAAUAAUGAAAAGAGGCAAAAGUCACUGACUCGGCUUAAUUGUUAAGGGUAGGUGUCUAAAAAAACUGUGACACAUUCAAUAAAAUGUUGUAAAAUUUGAGAAUUCAUGUAGAUAGAGGCCCACUCAGAGGAUGUAGGUGAUGGACUAGAGUGGUUCCUCCCCCCAAAAUCUAGUUCAUAUUAACAGAGAUGUAAAAACAUCAAUCACAACAAAGGGAGCUGUUGUAUUGUACUUUAAUCUCAUGGUACAUUAAAAAAGCACGUCACACACGUUUAUGUAAGCUUCAUGUUGUAUUUGAUUUGACUAUAAAAUGUUGCUGUAUUUUACAUAUUUGUACUUUCUGAACUUAAU